UUUGAAAAAGGCGACGUGGCUCAAAAGAAAAAUUUAUGGUUUUAAUUUUAAUUUUGAAAUUGCAGUGAUCAAGUUGGCUGUUUGAUUCGUUUGCUUGUGGGGUUUGGUCGGUUAAAAAUUCAGAGACGGGCUGAACAGUAUUGUAUUUAUUAUUUGUUGUAAAUAAGAAAAUACAAAAAAAAACAUAGGAAAAAUGUGGCGUUUAGCGGCUGCUGUAUUAAUUUUUGGCUACAUUGCGACCGCUUCUGGAGCCGAACAAGAUGUUCUGGACCUAGGAGAUGAUAACUUUGCAUCCACUCUGAAGGAACAUGAGACUACAUUGGUUAUGUUCUAUGCCCCAUGGUGCGGUCACUGCAAGCGCCUGAAGCCUGAAUAUGCCAAGGCCGCUGAGUUAGUUAAGGACGAUGAUCCUCCACUUAAAUUCGCCAAGGUCGAUUGUACUGAGGCUGGCAAGGAAACUUGCAGCAAGUAUUCGGUCAGCGGUUAUCCCACAUUAAAGAUCUUCCGUCACGAUGAGGUCUCCCAGGAUUACAAUGGACCACGUGAAGCCAAUGGCAUUGUCAAGUAUAUGCGCGCUCAGGUGGGCCCAGCCUCCAAGAAUGUACACACUGUCGAGGAGUUGACCAAAUUCCUGGAUACCAAGGACACCACAGUUUUUGGUUACUUUGAGGACCUCGACUCUCAGCUGGCCAAGGUUUUCCUGAAGUUUGCCGACAAGAACCGCGAGAAGUAUCGCUUUGGUCACAGCAGCGAGGAGGCCGUUCUAAAGAAACAAGGCGAAACCGAUAAGAUUGUGCUUAUCCGUGCCCCCCACUUGAACAACAAAUUCGAGUCAUCCAGCAUUAAGUUUGAAGGCAGCAGCGAAUCAGAUCUAACUACUUUCGUCAAGGAGAACUUCCAUGGAUUGGUUGGUCAUCGCACACAGGAUACCGCUCGUGAUUUCCAGAAUCCUUUGAUCACCGCCUACUACAGUGUGGACUAUCAAAAGAAUCCAAAGGGUACCAACUAUUGGCGCAAUCGUGUCCUCAAGGUUGCCAAGGAGUUUGCUGGCCAGAUAAACUUUGCCAUUAGCUCCAAGGAUGAUUUCCAGCAUGAAUUGAAUGAGUAUGGCUAUGAUUUCGUUGGUGAAAAGCCAGUGAUUUUGGCCCGCGAUGCCAAGAAUCUCAAGUAUGCCCUUAAAGACGAAUUCUCCGUUGAAAAUCUCCAAGACUUCGUGGAGAAACUAUUGGCCAAUGAACUCGAACCUUACAUUAAGAGCGAAGCUGUACCCGAAUCCAACGAUGCGCCAGUUAAAGUGGCCGUCGCUAAGAACUUUGAUGAUGUUGUCAUUAACAAUGGCAAGGAUACACUUGUUGAGUUCUAUGCUCCAUGGUGCGGACACUGCAAGAAGCUGGCUCCCGUCUUUGAUGAAUUGGCCGAGAAAUUGGUUGAUGAGGAUGUUGCCAUUGUCAAAAUGGAUGCCACCGCCAACGAUGUGCCCCCAGAGUUCAAUGUGCGUGGAUUCCCCACACUUUUCUGGCUGCCCAAGGAUGCGAAGAAUAAGCCAAUUAGCUAUAACGGAGGACGCGAGGUUGAUGACUUUGUUAAGUACAUUGCCAAGGAGGCUAGCUCAGAACUGAAGGGCUUCGAUCGCAGUGGCAAGCCCAAGAAGACCGAGCUGUAGGUGACUCAAUAACUAUAGCUACUAUACUAGUUCUACUUCUACGCCUCCUCACUUGUAACUACUAGCAUUUCCAUAUUUUUUUAAAUCGAAUGCAUUCUCCAAAACUUAAA